GACAUGCUAACAUGUUCGACUGCAAAAAGUUGGGGAAAGCCCCAGCACUAACGUCGAAUAAGUAGGUGUUAGACCAAUUACAAUGUUCAAACCCGUUUGACGAGGUACCGAGGCUGUUUGGAUGAAAGAACAAGUGUGGGAGAAACAUACUUACUCGUACGUUCUCCUCGCUCAUCUUCUGUUACUAUCCUCUCAUCUGAAUUCUACUCUGCACUUCUCCUUACCGUACUAUCAUUGCCCUCUAUUGCUUCCUGACUGGGAUCGAUUUCGGGCUUCUCUGGCCUCAGAUUUUGCUAUCAUCCGUUUAGAAUAACUCACUGUCUUCGCACAUCACACCUAUAGCGAGACAAUUCCAUACAUCGUCACAAUCGCGCAGCAGAAAGGAUUCGAAGCCUUUUCCUCCGCAACUCAGCCCGCCCAUCCAUUCGUCAUGCCACACGCAAGCCUGACCCGUGACGCCGUCGCCACGCACAACACCCCAGAAGACCUGUGGACGAUCAUCGACCACAAAGUGUACGACGUGACCGACUUCGCCGACGCCCACCCAGGAGGCUCUGUAGUCCUCGAGCAAGUCGCAGGAACCGACGCCACGGAAGCAUUCUACAACCUGCACCGGCACGAGGUGCUGCAGAAGUAUGCGUCGCUGUGCAUCGGGACGCUCGAGGGCGAGAAGUCCGAGGUGAUUGAGCCGGAGAUCGGUGGGCUGUCGCCCGUGCCGUAUGCGGAGCCGCUGUGGCUGAGGCCGCAGUUCCACUCGCCAUACUUCAAUGACAGUCACAGGGCGUUGAGGAGGAAGGUGAGGGAGUUCGUGGACAAGUACGUCACGCCCGAGGCGCAGGAGAAAGAGAGGGACGGCACGUAUAUCAGCCAGGAGUUGAUUGAUCGGAUGGCGGAGACGGGAAUCUUGGGCAUGAGGCUGGGACCUGGAAAGCAUCUCCAUGGGAAGAACCUCCUCGGUGUGGUCAAGGGAGAGGAUUUCGACUAUCUUCACGAUCUCGUGCAGGCACAGGAAUUUGCUAGGGCGAAUGCUCGAGGGUUCCAGGAUGGCAACAUGGCGGGAAUGAUGAUCUCGUUGACUGCGGUCCUGCAAUGGAUGGGCAACGAGGAGCUCAAGCAGAAAGUCACAGCCGAAGUUCUGGGAGGCAAGAAGAAGAUGUGCCUGGCUAUCACCGAGGCCUUUGCCGGAUCCGACGUCGCCGGCCUACGCACGACGGCGGAGAAGACGCCCGACGGCAAGCACUACAUUGUGCGUGGCACGAAGAAGUGGAUCACCAACGGCAUGUGGUGCGAUUACUUCGUCACGGGAUGCAAGACGGAGAAGGGCUUCAGCGUGCUGCUGAUCCCGCGUCAGGAGGGCGUCGAGACGUCUCUGAUCAAGACGUCGUACUCGACGGCGGCGGGCACCGCAUUUGUUGAGUUCAACAACGUAAAGGUUCCGGUGGAGAACAUUUUGGGCGAGGAGGACAAGGGAUUCAUCGUGAUCAUGUCCAACUUCAACCACGAGCGGUUCAUGAUGGCGUGCGGUGUUAACCGAUGGUCUCGAACGGUGGUAGAGGAGUGCCUGAAAUGGUGUAACCAGCGCAUAGUGUUCGGCAAGAAGCUCAUUGAGCAGCCGGCGAUACGACAGAAACUCGCCAAAAUGCUCGCCGCAAUCGAAGCCUCUCAAUCCUGGCUCGAGCUCCUCGCCCACCAAAUGUCCAACAUGACCUACGCACAACAAACCGCCCUCCUCGGCGGCCCCAUCGCGCUCCUGAAGACGCACUCGACGCGCGUGGCGCACGAGAUCGCCGACGAGGCCGUCAACAUCUUCGGCGGGAGGGGUCUCACGCAGGGCGGCAUGGGACGCGUCGUCGAGAUGUUCCAUCGCACGUACAAGUUUGAUGCGAUUUUGGGUGGUACCGAGGAGAUUUUGGGGGAUUUGGGGGUUAGGCAGGCGGUUAAGGGGUUUCCGAAGAGUAUGCUUUAGGGGAUGGGAGGGGGAGGAUGUACGAAUUGUAGAGGU